AUGACAAGUUUUCUUCUAACAGCAGAUAUUACAGAGAGUAUCUCACUCCCGUCCGUUCCGGUCAGCAAUGAGAGGUCAAGGUUAAUGAUUGAGUCUUACAAGAAUGAUACAUGGUCCAAUAAUGACAUAGGCAAUCAAUCAAUGGUGGUGGUAAGUAAACCGUUGCUCUUUCAAAUUUGCAUGAUUGAAGACGUUUCUAGAUCGAAGCUGAGUCAAUUGGAUGAUAUUAAUAGUCGACUUGAUCCGAAGAAUCAAAGAGUUGACCGAUUGAAUGCUUCAAGAAAUGUACCGGGGCAAAAUGCACAGAAUCGCAAUUCCGACACUCAUCUCGUUACCGCUAUAGACAUUGACUCUGACAUGCCAAUGAAUACAUCGCAGGUUAGCCCUGAACAGCAUGUAUUCAAAUUAACCAUUCAAGACAAAGCUGGAUGUAUGUUCUAUGCCGUCAAUUUGUCGCCUUUAAACUUUUUGAAAAAUGAUGGUGUCUCUUGUAUGCUGGGAUCUAAAGCAGUAAUUCUUCCGGGGGCUUUAUUUAAUAGAGGAGUUUUUCUGCUUCAAGAAACCACGGUCACUUUUAUGGGCGGAAUGAUCAAGUCAUGGAACGAUGGGCGAGAUCACAAGUUGUGCCAAUACAUCGAAGCUAAACUCGAAGACCAGAUUCCACCGAGUUCACGAAAGCGCAAAGUUCCUAGCACUUAG